UUGCUUGGUAAGUAUUUUAGUAAAUAAUAUUAGUUUUGAGUAAACUAUUUUUAGUUUUAUUUAACUUUGAAUUUUACUGAAAUACAACGAUGCACCAAAUUUAAUUACUAUUUUGGAAUUGGUUGCAAUAGACGUUAACAACCUUACAAUAUAAAUGCAAACUGUGGGUCAGCUUAUCACUGUCCUCGAUUCUUUAACCAAUAAAAUUCCUUUUAGUUUAUACUAUUGUAUAAAUGUUGUUUCUUUAUGCAUCACUAAUUCUCUUAACUAAUACAUACAUUUGGUUAUCAGCAAAUUCACAAGUUGCUGCAUUGAAGCAUAUUAACCUUAUCAAAAUUAAAAACCUUCUUAUCAAUGUUUUUAUUUGUAAAAAUGUAUACAAUAUAUAUAUUUUAGAAAAGUUACUUCCACGUAAAACACCCGUUUCAUUUCAUUACCAAUUCAGAGGUUCGUUCAAAUUUCCUAAAAUAUUUGCAGCCAAAAUGUUUUUAAAAUCAAGUGUUUUAUUCUCAUUACAUGCAAUUAUUGCAGCAUAUGACAAAGCAGAGACCUCCGUUGUUUUGGGCUUAUAUCGUUUUUUAAUUGUGGACCAAUUAAAGUUACCUUGGGACAAUGCAUUACAAUACUGCGCCAACAUGAAUAUGACACUGUUUACUCCCAAUACGGAAGAACGUACUGAAAAACUAAGCCAAUUCCUUACAGAAAUAAACUUUGUUGAUAAACCAAAUAUUGGCAAUGAUUACAUCUAUUGGACUUCUGGCAAAUAUGACCAAAAUCGUAAAGAAUUUAUUUGGUACAGCACUGGUGAACAGUUCAAUUAUACUAAUUGGCUUCCGAACAUGCCCGAUAAUUGGCGAGAUGAUGAAUUUUGCGUUGAAAUGGGAUUCCGUGAAGUAGGAAAAUGGAAUGAUAAUCGUUGUAUAUAUAAACGACAUUUCAUUUGUGAGCAUUUGGUAGUAAUGUAGAUACAUUGUUAUUUCAAUUUUAAAGUAAUAAAUGUAUAUAUUUAAUGUAAUAUACGUACACUCUAAAUACUAUUGUAAUAACCACACAUUUCAAAUUUAUUGUUGUUCCUUACCUUUAAGCAUAAGAUAAUUAAUUUGUUAUGUCGAAGCAUUGCAUUAACAUUUAAAAUUAUAUAACUUUGUUCCAAUAUCCAUAUAUACAUAUGUAUGUAUAAACAUUAUUUAAUUCUCUGAUACUGACUUAAUGAUGCUACAAAUAAACAACAAAAACAUAUUUUUUGGCGCUAUAACACAACUGCAAUUUUACUCCAGUACACAGACAGAUAAUUAUUAUACGUUCUCUGCUUUCUCUGCUUCCAACUAGACAAACAGAGAAUGAAAAUAAAUAUGCGUAUAAAAUAUAUAUGUUUGUCAAUUAUUCUAUAACGCAAGUAAACAAUUGAUCUCGCUUCAGUUAUAUUUAAAAACACAUUCACAUUGGCGCUCAUUUACGUAACAGUAUAAUUAUACACAUUUAAAAAGUUUAAUAAACAUUCCAAUUAUAAAAUAUCGCUUAAAUAACUAUGGCACUGCGCCUGCUGUCUGUUUAUUGUGCGAC